AUGAUCAUCAUCAUCAUCAUCAUCAUCGCCAUUCAUCCCGAAAGGCAGGGUACACUGCAUCAGGAAGGGGAACACAAAAUAUCCAGUUCCAGCUGCGGCAGUUCUGUAUAUCUACGGUUCAAGUGUCAAACUGUCAAUCUAGUGGUUAUCACCUCAUGGCAGCAAUACAUAGGUAGAUCUAACUCCAACGGCUGUGGCCCGGCACUUGCCAUCAACCCAUCACCGUCUCAUAGGGCGUUACGAAGAGCCGGGCGGCCUCGGCAAUCGGCCACUGAAAAUCAUCGAUUGCGAAUCUACCUGUCUCGACUCUCGAUUGAGCGGCAAGCUACCUACCUAGGUAUAUGCCAGUGUAUCGAAAACGACAACGGGGUAACGAGGGGGGUGAGGGUGACGAGAAAACCUGUCACUGUCACUGUCGCUGUCGCUGUCGCCAAACUCACCAUCGCCCCGCUGUCUGCCAAACCUCGCUGGGAAAUGGGACUGGAAACCAAACAUGGGGACGGGCAGACAGAACUCACCAGUCACCUCGAGUCACCCACACACAAUCCACCCAAAAUGGACUGCCAGCCGCCAAGAACUUUUCAAGGACUGAUGGUCAGUGCUCAAACGCGCUCUUCAGUCUCCGUCCAAAACGGCCCAAGCCCCGGCGUGAUCGACCGCGAGUCGAUGACGAGGCGGACAGGAUUCCACCUUUUGCGGAUCCGAGUUCAGCCGGUGAGGGUUGCCGUUCUGUGGACCAACCUCCAGUUGAGCCCAUAG